UGCGCCCUGGCCGGGCUGCGGGGAGCCGCGCUGGUGGACAUCCGCCUGGUGAGCGCCAAGACCGGCUACGGCAUGGAGGGGCUGGUCAGCCGGCUGCAGCGCUCCUGGAAGUGCGCAGGAGAUGUCUACCUGCUGGGAGCCACCAAUUCCGGCAAGUCCACUCUCUUCAACACCCUGCUGCGCUCCGACUACUGCAAGUCCCGCGCCCCCGACAUCAUCGACAGGGCCACCGUGUCCCCGUGGCCAGGAACAACACUGAACCUUUUGAAAUUUCCAAUUAUUAACCCUACGUGUGACAGGAUAUUCCGAAGGCAGGAGAGGCUAAAAGAAGAGGCAGCAAAAACAGAAGAUCAGCUAAGCAUUGAAGAAAAAAAGUACCUUAAUCAACUUAAAAAGCAAGGUUACCUAGUGGGAAGAGUUGGAAGAACAUUUCAACAGCAGAAGUCUAGCACUGAGAUUGACUUUGACCCUGACAUGCUCUCCUACAGCAUGGAUGAAGAUCCUAGAGAUCCACCUAAGAAGCAUGAGGAAAGGGAGGAAUUCACUCACAACGAAGUGAAGGAUGCUCGGUGGUGUUUUGACACUCCAGGAAUUGUAAAGGAAGACUGUGUUUUGAAUCUCCUAACAGAGAAGGAAGUAAAGCUGGUUUUGCCAUCACAUGCCAUUGUUCCUCGGACCUUCAUUCUCAAGCCAGGAAUGGUCUUGUUUUUAGCAGCUUUGGGACGUAUAGACUACUUAGAGGGAGAAAAGCCUGCCUGGUUUUCUGUCUUGGCUUCUAACCUGUUGCCAGUCCAUGUUACUACACUGAGUAAUGCAGACACCAUCUAUGAGAAGCACACAGCCCAAGAGUUCCUAAAGGUUCCCAUGGGUGGGGAAGAGAGAAUGAAAGAGUUCCCCCCACUUGUCCCUCAGGACAUUACACUGAAAGGAAUUGGUACUACUGAGGCAGUUGCAGAUAUCAAGCUUUCCUCUGCAGGCUGGGUGGCGGUGACGGCUCACGCGGAAGAGGAAUUGCUGCUCCGAGCCUACACUCCCAAGGGCACUGCGUUGGUGGUGCGGGAGCCUCCCCUUUUGCCUUACAUCAGUACCAUCAGAGGGGCCCGGAUCCCGGGCACUCCUGCCUACAGGACCAAAAAGCCUCCUUCCUUUGUGGAAAACCUAAGAACCACGGGCAGCAGAUAGCGCUUCUCAUCGUUGGAGCAAGGCAGAAGACAUAACAGCCCCUGGAGAACCUUCAGGCUUAUUGGUGUUCAGAAAGUGUUGGACUUGUUUUGAAAGGCCAGCAGGCACAUUUUGGAAAGCAGGCCCUGAGGGAAGCUCCACAAGUCCACAUCUGAUCCAGGUGCUGAACUGCAGCCAUUUUGAAUGAAUUGAGGGGCUGUGACCUUGCUGUGGGAGGGGAAACAGCUUCUCCCUGGGAUCUGCAUCAACGGGCAGAUCCCUUUACCUGUCCUUUCUUGAAAUAUGGGGUGGAAACUCACCUGCCUGACCUGAUCUGACUUUGCUGCUCAUAGAGUAGGUGGUUUCUUGCAGGCAUGCUCCCUCAUGUCAGAAAUCAUCAACUUAUUCUUAAAGUGUUCUCAUAGUUAAGGGGGUGGAGGGAGUUGGAGGGAGCAGGGAAUGCUCCUGUGUGGGUAUGACCCUCCUGGAGGCUGAUACUGAUUCAACAACAUGGACCAAAAGUGGUGUCCUUUCUCCAGCAUCUGGAGCAGAUUAGAGUGUGCAGUAUCCUGCUUUUGGACACAGGAAAAGAGAUUUAAUGAAAAAAAUGUGCCUGAAGAGGAAAGUUUUGCAGUUCACUGCUUUGAUUUGGUUUCUAUAGCUUGGGUACAGGUUUUUGAAACCAAGUGUAUAGAAUAAAACUUUACAAAGAUGCUUUUUUGUU